UUGAAAUAAAAACCCUAGAUAAUAAAGGUCUUCUCUUCUCUCUCAACGCCCCUCCGCAGCAGUUGCAGAUUAAACUGAACGGCGAAAAACAAAAUCCUCUCCGGCCAAAACGAGUGAUUGUAACAAAAACAUGGCGUAUCAAGCGAUGAAACCCACGAAAGCUGGUUUGGAGGAACCCCUCGAGCAGGUUCAUAAGAUCAGAAUCACUCUCUCUUCCAAGAAUGUCAAGAACUUGGAGAAAGUGUGCACUGACUUGGUCCGUGGAGCUAAGGACAAGAGACUUAGAGUUAAGGGACCAGUGAGAAUGCCCACUAAGGUUCUUAAGAUCACCACCAGAAAGGCACCUUGUGGUGAAGGAACCAACACUUGGGACAGGUUUGAACUUAGGGUUCACAAGAGGGUGAUAGACCUCUUCAGCUCCCCUGACGUGGUUAAGCAAAUCACUUCGAUCACAAUUGAACCUGGUGUCGAGGUCGAGGUCACUAUUGCUGACUCUUAGACGAUUACUUGUUCUAAAAACCGCUUCAAGAAAGAAUGUAUCUCGUCGUUUCUGGUCCUACAUUUUUGUUUCUGGUUAGCGCAACCAUAUGUCUUGGCUUUUGAUAGUUCUGAGGUGGUUUUGUCAAUCAUAUUAUUUUCAUCUAUUAAGAGACCUUAAUGAACCAUUUCAAGAUCUUGAUUUCAUACAUAAUUUCGUUUUGUUA